ACGUUUUCUUUACUCCAAAAUCCAAAUAUUGUUAUUCGUUUUUUCUUUUUUUAAUAUCUUUUACUUUGCCAUCAAUUCAAGGCUUCAAUCUCGUAGAAAUUUGCGGCGACACUUCUCCUUUUCGCAAUCCUUUCUCCUCCCUCAGUUUCAGAGCUCGAGUUCAGUCACCUCAGGUGCUUUCUCCUUCCCCCUUGGAACCCCUUCUUCCUUCCUACUGUCCUUCCUACCACAUUCUGGUUUUCUGAAUUUUUUUCGUUUUUCUUUCUGGGUAUUUUUAGAGGGGUCAUGUUCAUCGUAGGGGAGGACAACAUGGGUGUGUCUGUGUUCUGAUUUUCUUUUUCUUUUUGGCUUUUCCCCUGUUUUAGUUGUUUGCUGCUGUUGUUUUGGGAAACUUAAUGGUAGGUUUUUUAAUGAGAGUUGCGUUUUGGUCGUGAUCGGUAAUAAAGGGAAGAUAAUGCGUAUAAAGGAAAUGUAUCCGCUGUGCUGUAUUUCGCUGGAGAGUCAGGGUAUCCGGGAGCAGUCGCCGCCGGCGACUUCUCUGACGAGGACCGGGAGCAUGCCAACGGGGAUUCUCUGUGGAUCUGACAGUGGCAAUGUCGGGGGUCCUCCGGUGAGAUCCGAGGCUACUGUUGCCGGAAUUCUGUAUAAGUGGACUAAUUACGGAAAAGGAUGGAGAUCCAGGUGGUUCUUGCUUAGAAACGGGGUGCUUUCCUAUUCGAAGAUUCGCCGACCAGAGAAUCUCUGUCUACUCUCUCCCACCGAUGAUAUCAGGCUGAUUGGGGAGAUAUCCACCAAUCGACUCUCCAGGAUGGACAGCUGCAGCGGUAGACGGAAGCACCAGAAAACUGUUGCCAUUGUUCACCUAAAGAUUUCAUCGUUUCGGGAGAGCAAAUCUGAUGAUAGGCGUUUUUACAUCUUCACUGCCACAAAGACCCUUCAUUUGAGAACUGAUUCAAAGAGAGAUCGGGUAGCUUGGAUACAAGCUUUGGUCUCAACUAGGAGCCUCUUUCCAUUGAGUCCACUGAAUGAUAACGUCUCACUUGUGCCACGAGAUGUAUCUCUGUUGACUGAAAGGCUUAAGAAAAGGUUACUUGAAGAGGGAGUCAAUGGUGACCUUGUGAAGGAGUGCGAGCAGAUUAUGCUGUCAGAGUUUUCUGAGAUACAAGGACAACUUAAAGUUUUGUGUGAAGAACGAUCAAAUUUGCUUGACACAAUAAGGCAGUUGGAGGCAGCUAAUCUUGAAGCUGAAGCUUCUGGAAUUCAUGCUGUUGAAUACCAAUUGUCAAAGAAUGAAUAUUCCAGACUAGGGCAUGGAAAAUAUAGCGAAUGCACUACAACUGAAUCAUCUGAUGAUAUUGAGAAACAAGAGCUUGGGGAGGUAUCUGAUGAAGAUGAAGCAAAUUUUUUUGACACAAAAGAGAAUUUUACUGAACCCAGUGUGAGUUGUGGCCCUAUAGCUGCAGCUGCAUGCACAGGAAAGCAAAAGGAAAUGGAAAAUCAGUUUGAUGAUGAAGAGAACAUGAAUGCGGAGAAGGAAGAUUGUAAUUCUAGAUAUCCUCACAUUGAUAGACGAAAAAGACUUCCAGACCCAGUUGAAAAGGAGAAGGGGGUCAGUCUUUGGUCUAUGAUCAAAGACAAUGUGGGAAAAGAUCUCACACGAGUUUGUCUGCCUGUUUACUUUAAUGAACCAAUAUCAUCCCUUCAAAAAUGUUUUGAAGAGCUGGAGUAUUCUUAUCUUUUGGAUCAGGCAUACAAGUAUGGAAAAGAUGGGAACAGCCUCCUACGGAUUCUUAAUGUUGCUGCAUUUGCAGUUUCUGGAUAUGCUUCAUCUGAAGGCAGACACUGUAAGCCCUUCAAUCCUCUGUUAGGUGAAACUUAUGAAGCUGACUAUCCUGAUAAAGGAGUUCGGUUCUUCUCAGAGAAGGUUAGUCACCAUCCGACCAUCAUUGCCUGCCAUUCUGAAGGUAGAGGGUGGAAAUUCUGGGGUGACAGCAAUCUCCGUAGUAAAUUUUGGGGACGUUCAAUUCAGCUUGACCCUGUUGGAAUUCUGACUCUAGAAUUUGAUGACGGUGAAGUAUUCCAGUGGAGCAAGGUCACGACUAAUAUUUAUAACCUUAUCCUUGGUAAAGUUUACUGUGAUCACCAUGGAACCAUGCACAUUCAAGGUAAUCGCCAAUAUUCAUGCAAGCUCAAAUUCAAAGAGCAGUCUAUUCUUGACCGGAACCGUCACCAGGUCGAUGGCUUUGUUGAAGACAUAUCUGGUCAAAAGAUUGCAACACUAUCUGGCAAAUGGGAUGAUAGCAUGUAUUAUAUCAUUUCUGAUGGGAAUAGCAAGCCAAAAGAUUGCAAUCCCUCUUCAAAUGCUACCUUGCUUUGGAAAAGGAAUGAGACACCUCCUAAUCUGACUCGGUACAACUUAACAUCAUUUGCAAUCACACUAAAUGAGCUGACUCCGGGGCUAAAGCUUUGUCUGAUCCCGGGUAUUUGAUAACGGAUUAAGGAGAAACUCCCUCCUACGGAUUCCAGGCUUAGACCAGACCAACGGCAUUUGGAGAAUGGAGAAUAUGAGAAGGCAAAUGCAGAGAAACAGCGGCUGGAGAAGAGACAAAGAAUGUCGAGGAAAUUACAAGAGAAUGGUUGGAAGUCAAGAUGGUUUCAGAAGGGAGGUGAAAAUGGAUCCUUCCGCUAUGUUGGUGGAUAUUGGGAUGCAAGAGAACAAGGGAAGUGGGAUGGAUGCCCAAAUAUAUUCGGUGAAUUCAGCCAAGAACUUGUUGAUUCAUCCCAAGUGUCCUGAAAUCGGUUCAUAAUGAAAAUUUUGGUGAUGAUUACCAAGUGAGCUGAACUCACAGGUAGUUUGCUUUUCGCCAUUCUUGCCGUUUUGCAAAGAAUAAGUGACCCCAUAUACAUUUUCAGAGGUGUCAAAAGGGACAAUGUGGAGGAAGAAUUAGUAUCUUGUAGUUGGUAGACAAUGGAUUAUAUAAUAUCAGAGCAGCAUAAUAUUUUCUUUCACAUUCUCUAGUGUGGGAUUAGCUUAUGGAAAUGUAAUACUGAUCUCCUUUCCUUUCUACCCACACUACAUUUAUUUUAGGUACUCCAACUGUAUUAGGAUGUCAUGUGACAAUUUUAUUUGAUGAUAAUUUUUAUUUCCUCAAUCCUCAAGAAUAAAUGAGGGGAAAAAAAGGAGGAAAGGUUAUGCCAUUGUUAUCAUCUAGACUAGAUAUGCAAGCCAUUAUUCAAACUUUCAAAGCAUUUGGGAUUGACAUGUAAUAAGAAUUGAUUCAGCCUUUAUUGCUGGAUUUAUUAUUAAGGAAGUCUAAUAUUAUAAGUUAGGUUUAAAAUUUAAAUUUUAAGGAAGGAGAAGUAAAAGAAUUCGGCGGUUGGUAAAGAUAGAGGUAAUAGAAUUGAAUAGAACUU